CUGCCGCCGAGCUGCGGGCGGACUGGAGCGGUCGCUGCUGCGGGCCGGGGCUGGCGGGACGCGGCACCUGCCAGGCGUUAGCGCGGCGCCGGCUGAUCUUGGAAGUCUCCAGCCGCGGCCUCUGGCCGAGUCGCGUCGGUCCCGCUGCGAGCGGGCUGGGCAAGAUGCUGAAGAGCUGCGGAAGGAAACUGCUCUGGUUCCUGGUCGGGUGCACGUUCACCUGCCUCUUGGUCCUGAUGGCGGAUCAGCAGAAGCGGCAGGUGGGGGGCCUGGGAGGAGCAGGGGGCCGGCGGGCUUUGCGGAGCUCGGCGAGCCCGGCCCCGGCCCGCCAGCCGCAGCGGCAGGGGGGCGAGCCCGGCUCGGCCCCCCGAGAAGUGAAGAGCUUCACCGAUUACUUCAGCAAGCUGAGCCGGGGCCGGCGGGAGGCGCAGGAAGCCGGCAGCCUGGCCCCGCGCCGGGAGGGGACCCCCGGGCCGGCCCUGGAGGACAUCACGGCCCAAGACGUCUUCAUCGCGGUGAAGACCACCAAGAAGUUCCACCAGGCCAGGCUGGAGCUGCUGCUGGACACCUGGAUCUCCCGGAACAGAGACUUGACCUUCAUCUUCACCGAUGGGGAGGAUGAGGAACUGAAGAAACGUACAGCCAAUGUCAUCAACACCAACUGUUCCGCCGCUCACAGCCGCCAGGCUUUGUCUUGCAAGAUGGCCGUGGAGUACGACAAGUUCAUCGAGUCUGGGAGAAAGUGGUUUUGCCAUGUGGAUGAUGAUAACUAUGUGAAUGUGCGGACCCUGGUGAAGUUGCUGUCUGGCUACCCCCACACACAGGACAUCUACAUUGGCAAACCUAGUCUGGACCGACCCAUUCAAGCCACAGAGAGGAUCAGUGAGAACAAGAUGCAUCCUGUUCAUUUCUGGUUUGCCACUGGGGGAGCAGGUUUCUGUAUUAGCCGCGGGCUGGCGCUGAAGAUGAGCCCAUGGGCGAGUGGGGGUCAUUUCAUGAGCACUGCAGAGAAGAUCCGCCUGCCAGAUGACUGCACCAUCGGGUACAUCAUAGAGUCCGUGCUAGGAGUGAAGCUUAUCCGGAGUAAUCUCUUCCACUCCCACCUGGAGAACCUCCAUCAGGUGCCCAAGACAGAGAUUCACAAACAGGUGACAUUGAGCUAUGGCAUGUUUGAAAACAAGAGGAAUUCCAUCCACAUGAAGGGAGCUUUCUCCGCUGAUGAGGAUCCAUCCAGGUUCCGCUCCAUUCACUGCCUGCUGUACCCCGACACGCCAUGGUGCCCCCUGAAUGUGGUGUACUAGGAGACGCAUGUCCCCGUCAACCUUGUCCCAAGUUUCCCUGGUAUCCGAAGGGCUUGUGGGACCCGUAUGUGUGCAUGUGAUUUCCCUGCUGCGAGGCGAAUGGUUAUUAUUGCUGUGAUGAUGCACAGUGUGUGCGGUUUAUAGGCUGCUGUGCGGCCCCUCAUCUCCCCUGCAACUGGAGAGAGCAGAUUUUUGUGGUGCUGUCUGCCUCCUCCUCUGACAGGUCGGGGGUAGGUGGGAAAGGCUAGGCCCUGAGCACUUACACAUGUGGCCCAGGGGCCAGGCUGGCUUGUGAAGGGUAAGUGUCCUGAACACCAGCCUGCGUGGCUCUACGUGUUGCUUUGCAGUGUUUGCAAUUCUCAUAGAAUGUAUGGGGAGUAAGUGUGUGCCCUGGGCCAGCUCUUUACUGCCAUGGCUUUCUUUUUCUGCUGGAAUUUUACUUUUAAAUGUUCUCUCUAUCCCAUUCUGCCCAACCCUCACUCCCGUCUCUUCCUGCUUCCCAUAAACCCAACCUGCUUUAUUCUACUACCUCCCCACCCCAUUCACUUGCCUCCCCCAACCCUUCAUCCUUCGGCUCCGGAUACUGUUUCAGAUGAAGGUUCAUUGAUAAUAGUUGUGGCAGGAGGUGGGGUUAAUUCCACCCCUCUGCCCCCCUUUCUUGCCUCCCUCCAAUGCUGGCUGUAUUUUGGGGGGAGCAGGGGAAGUUUGCUGGCUCCAGGGGCAGUUCUCUGGACACAUUGGAGCUGAGUCCAGGAAGUGCCCUGGAGAAAUUUUGUACUUUGUCGUGUUUAGAGCUGGACUCUCAGAAUCCCAGCUCAUGGUAGCACUGAAGGGAGACAGGCUGGGGGGAGAGGAGCAAGGAGAGGGGUUGGUGGUGGAAGCCGAGAAUCAUUGUUAACUCUGUUCACUGGAGUUCCCUAUGCCUCGCUGAAAUAUUUUCAGUACUAUAAAGCUAUGCAGUAUUUAUAUAGGAUAAUUUAAAACAUUUAUAAAGGGGGGGGGGUUGCAAAGAGAUGCAUACAUGCUGUGUCCAUGUUUAUGCUUUAUUUAUAUGGAGACAUAACGUCUCCCUUCAGUGCAAAGUCUCUGCCCACUUACCCUUGCCUUUGGAGCAUCUUCGUGGAGGGGAAAAAGUGCUACACGUGUUUUGUCCCUAACACUCGUGUCUACCAGGGCCAAUUAUUCACACAUGUAGAAUGCACUGUCUGUACCAAUAAAUAAUCUAGGUUCAGUGGAGCGAAAACAUUUAGGCCGGGUCUGUCCGGGGGUAUUAGAUGCUGAUGCAGAGGGUGAAUAAAGAGCAUUGGGAGGAUUGCAACUAAGGGUCCAAUGCAGGUCUCCCACUGGUGCAAUUCCACUGGCUACAAUGGAGUUAGUCCCGUCGCUAUUGUGAGAUCAGCAUUAGCCCCUGAGCUUGUCUUUGCUAUUGGUCCCAUUCACCACUGAGCUCAAGAAACACCCCUUUUUCCCAAGCACCAUUUCUGGGCUGGCCCAGCAGCUAGGGGCCUGUUGGAACUCAAGAUAGAUGCUGGAUCAUGGUUGCUGGCCCGCUGGACGCAGUGGGAGUCAGAAGCCUGAAUCCCUGUGAGGAUCUGGGCUUAAGUGCUGUGGAAGCUUUAUACUCAGCAUCUGGGAAAAGGAGCGCAUUGCUCUGCUCAGCAGUGCCCCCUCUGGUCGAUGGAGGAUCAGCAGCUGAAGGGAGACAACUGUAGUUCACUGCAUAACCUGCUCCAACAGACAGUUGCUCAUGGCUGUGCAAAUCCUCUGCUCCUGCACGAACAUUGACCUAAGCCUUCCUCACCCAGGGGGUGAGAGCUAGUUGUUCUCUGCAUGGAUAAGUGGGCAGAGGCAGAACUGUAUGUUUCCAAUGAGAGGCUGCGUGAAAAUGGCCCAUAAUGGGUGUGUCUGUAAAUAUCUUAUUGCGACAGUAAUUUUUUUUUACUGUGCUGUUUUUUUUUUUAAUGGAGAAUGAUGUAGGGUUGAAAUUUUUUUAUACAUUUUCUGUGGAUCGGAAAAAACAAAACAAAAACCUUCUGAGAAUCUGUUUGAAAAUGAAAUUGAAAUGUCUUGUAACGAUCACUUACCUUAAUUUAUGUGUUCCAGUAUCUGGAACGUCACUCUCUGCUUUUCAUAACUAGUAUGUGUUUAAAAGAAAUAGAUUGGAAAAGAAAUGACACAUGUUCUCAGGGAAUUAAACCUGAUAGUUACCAUGGAAAUCCUGUGGUAGCCAUCAUUCUUUGCUUUCAAUAAAGCAGCUUAUUUGCUGAUCACUGGCA